GUUGUUAGUACAGGCUGUGCAGGGCUUGCGUUAGAGCUAUCAUUUCUGAGAGUUUUCACGGCGUCUCUGGGAGGAUGCGGUCCGCAAGCAGGCUAUUAAAGGCAAUGAGGAGGAGUAUCAGGGGCGUGUGGGCUCAUUGCGGAGCCUUCACUUGCACAUCUUUUGAGCAUACCCAGAUUCCAGCAUGUAUACUAUUGAGGGAAUACUGCCAGAGAGUGUCAGAUGUUGCCAGUGCCAAACCUCUGGAUGGAGUGAAAGUCUUGGACUUAACAAGGGUGCUUGCUGGCCCAUUUGCUACCAUGAUACUUGCAGAUCUUGGAGCCGAGGUUAUUAAAGUAGAAAGACCAGGAUCAGGAGAUGAUACAAGAUCUUGGGGACCUCCUUUUGUUGGAAGUGAAAGUGCUUAUUUUCUAAGUGUAAACAGAAAUAAGAAGAGUAUAGCUGUGAAUAUGAAAAAUCCAAAUGGAAGCAAGAUUAUCCAAGAGCUUGCAAAAGCCUGUGAUGUUUUUGUUGAAAAUUACAUUCCAGGCAAGCUAUCUAAGAUGGGACUUGGAUUUGAAGAGAUAAAGGAGAUUGCUCCUCAUAUAAUUUACUGCUCAAUAACUGGCUACGGCCAGACUGGCCCUUUAUUUCAGAGAGCUGGAUAUGAUGCAGUUGCUUGUGCAAUGUCUGGACUUAUGUAUAUCACAGGACCUGAGGAUGGGGAUCCAGUGCGCCCUGGAGUAGCUAUGACAGAUCUUGCUACUGGAUUGUAUGCUCAUGGAGCCAUUAUGGCUGGUUUACUCCAGAGGUCUAAAACAGGAAAGGGGAUGCACAUUGACUGCAACCUGCUGUCAUCACAGGUGGCUUGUCUUAGUCAUGUUGCUGCAAAUUUUCUUAAUGGUGGUGCUGAAGCCAAACGCUGGGGAACUGCACAUGGAAGCAUUGUUCCAUAUCAGUCAUUUAAAUCCAAGGACGGUUACCUAGUAAUUGGGGCAGGCAACGAUCAACAGUUCUCUACUGUUUGCAAGAUCAUGAAAUUAACUGAACUCAUCGACGAUCCUAGAUUUAAGACCAACAAACUUAGGGUCCAGUACAGAAACGAUCUCCUAACUAUAUUAUCAGCACGGUUCUCAGAAAAAACAACCAGUGAAUGGCUAAAUCUCUUCGAAGGUAGUGGCAUUCCAUAUGGCCCAAUUAACAGUAUAAAACAAGUCUUCUCUGAACCCCAGGUUAUACACAAUGGCCUUAUUUUAGACAUGGACCAUCCCACAGCAAGGAAGAUAUCUGUUCCAGGCCCUGCUGUAAGAUUCAGUGAAUUCAACAUUUCCAACCCAAACCCACCUCCUCUCAUUGGUCAGCACACCUCUGAAGUUUUGAAAAAUAUUUUGGGAUAUGAAGAUACGCAUAUCAAUAAACUGAUCCAAGCUGAAAUAGUGGCUCAGAAUGUGGUCAGCUGAAUCUAAAAUCUGAGAGGACCUUAAAUUACAUUACAGCUAUCUAUAAUUACUGAGAAAGUGUUGCAGUGCCAUUAACAUUAAUCCAGGGCAGUCAGAUCUAUUUCCUUUACUCUGCAAAAAAAGUUUCAAUAAAAUGUCCUAACUGUAGUUAAGUUUCACUGGAAGACUAAUAAUUUGACCAGAAACAACUAGCAUAUAUAUAUAUAUAUAUAUUUAACAUGGGUUAAGGUACACAGACCUAUAUAAGCUGUUGCUAAUUUGCCUACUUUUGAUUUUGCCAGCUUAUUGGCUCAUUUAUGGCCAACCCAACCAAUAUUUUCAGGGAUCAGUGAGACAAUACCAUUGGGUAUAGACCACAUAGGUAAUCCUCUUCCGACUUGUUCACAUAGGUCUCUGUUAUGAUCCAAUUGUUGGGCUCCUAGGGAAAGAUUUGCUUGUUUGGUGAUCUCUUCAAAUUAGCAGAUUGUUGCAUUUAUGGUUAGUUUAAAAGUUACUAAGAUUCUUGUUAUUUUUUGUCAGACUAAUGGUUGUUUAAUUACAUGUAUGUUAUAUGUAUGAUCUAAGUAGACCUGUAUACUUUUUAUGGAUAUAAAAAUUCACAAAUGUUUACAGUAAUAUUGAUUUUUUAAGAAACAAGAACAUACCGAAAUAACUAGCCCUAAAUCAGUGACAAUAUUGUUCAAUACAGGUAUGGAAAAUGAUAUCUAGGGUACCUGGGACCUUGGGUUUUCUGGAUAAGGAGACUUUCCCCCGAUACCUUAAGUAUAAAAAAAGAUUUAAAUAUCAAAUAAACCCAAAAGAAUUGUUUUGCCACCAGUAUGGAUUCAUAGAGUUUAGUUAUGAGCAUGUGUACUGUUUUAUUAUUACAGAGAAAAAGAAAUAAUUUCUAAAAACUAGAAUUAUUUGCUUAAUAUGGAUGGCCCAUACACAUAUUUUAUAAUUACAGGGCUACAAAGUCCAAACCAUCUCAGUUGUGUUGCUAUCAUUAUGGAUUUGUUACUCUAAAGAGCACUCUGGGGGAACUGGCUCCUGGCAUGCCAUGUGUAUAUGUGUAUGUAUGUAGGCAUGCAUAUAUAUAUUUAAUACACACACACAUAUAUAUAUAUAUAUAUAUAACUUACAAGAAAUCACGAGUUGGAAAUUACAGAAAUGUUGCCUUUUCUAGUUCCUCUGUUGAGCAAACAAUCCAUUCACAGUUUAGUUUCACAAGGAAAUUGAUAAAUGAUUCAUUCAAAACAACAUAGUACAUUUUGAUCCUACAAACCCUCUUUAAUCUGAGAAAAUGCAUUUGGCCUUACCAGUGCAAUGGGCAUUGUAACACCAUUAUCCAGUUUUGUUCCAUAAAUAUUUGUUUUGCACCGUGUUGCUAUAGUGAUUUUGGAUUGUGCUGUUGAAAUAAAGCUCCAUUUUAACAUUUUAUUGACUUUUAAAGCUGAA